AUGAUCGGCCAUGAGAAGGAGGGGUGGUGGUGUCGGCGGUAAGCGAAGGUCCGAAGGUCGGACAGCUGGCCGGGCUGCCGACCGACGGGGCCACGGGCGAGGCGCUGCUGCUGCUGCACUCCAUGGGUUGCACUACGUCGGGACGAGUGAGGCGGGGCCGGAUGCGGCGCUCCGACCCGACAGCCCCCUCGACCCGAGUUGCAGCCGUCAAAUACGGGACAAGGGCGGUCCCGUAUGGGACAAACCAAUUUAGCCCAAUAUAGGGGAUGUCCCGGCUAAUACGGGACAGUUGGCAAACCCAAACAACAGGGUAACCCAAACUGAACGCAACACUCUAUGAACGCAGCUGAACCAAUGUCUGCUACAGCUGUAACAUGACCUCCCAACUCCUGCACUCAGUACUCUGACUAACGACAACCAUUGCAGUAGAGUGUUACUGUAUGGCUGACACAGCCUUUGCACAUAAGCCUCUUUAGUGAAGGGCGUGUUAUGCGGUGCAGAUAACAGAACAAUAGCAGUGUUUUGUUUAGGAAGCAGCUGCAGGAAGAAGGGGGAGUGAGUGCGCUCUCAGAAGAGACGAGCAGCCUAUUUUUCCAGACUGUAAAUUUUUAUUCAGUCAGGUCACCGCAAAUUGCAGCAGCAGCAGCAGCAGCAGUUCCAACAGCAGAGUGAAAAGCAACCCUCUCACCUCAGAUGUGGUUAAAGAUUAAAGAACUCGAGAUUGUAAAAAAAAUAAUUUGACUUGUUCUACAUCGUUGAAAUUCUACUCAUCUGUACUCCAUGGAUUACAACGUGCAGCUGGUCUUCCUGUCAGUGAUGGCUUCUGCUGCAAGGCUGCUCCCCGAAGUUCCGUGUUGUGACUGAGGCGUUUUUGCAACAUGUUCAGCGUGGAUGACCUCCUGCUUGCCCACGGCUACCAGCUGCCGAGGAGGAGUCCAGUGGAGCAGCCCGUGUCCACGUCCUCUGCCUCCUCCUCGUGCUCUGACCGCAGCCUGGAGGCCGGGUGCCGGCGCAGCUCGGGCCGCGAUGCCGUCAACGUGAGCCAGAGGGACAGAGACAGAGACAGCGCUCCAGAGCCGGCUCUGCUCCCUCUCUCGUCCCAGCAGACCCGGUUGAACAGUGGACUUCCGUUACCCUGUUCAUCAGGGCUUCAUUCGGGUAAAGACAUCAACUACUGGAGACGACGAGGCCAAGACUUCAGUGGUUUACUGGAUUACACAAACCAUGGAGACCCCGAAGGAAGUAACGCAACGAGAACUCGAAACAUUCCAAAAGCUGAACAGCGAGGAAGAGGUUCACAAGAACAUCAGCUGCAGAGCAAGCAGCACAAGACAGGAGCCAUGAGAUCCGACCAGCAAGCGGGUUGCACGGCAGAAGGGCAGAGCAUGGCGGAGAGAGUGGUGCGUGAAGAUAUGUGGGGGACUCCGAUGGACCGUAAGUGUCAAAGCCUGGGAACAGAGGAGUGGAGAUCUUCUUUAGGAAGACAAUCGUCUGACAGUGGUGGGGCCAAGUUGAGACCAAACAUAUUGCCCAGGGUGGUUAGCGAUGAGGUAUUUCACAAAGAAGGAACGGAAAAUGUGAGAAAAGGAAAGUCCCGGUCAUUGCCCAGGGUCAUCCCAGAUAUCAAUGGGAAGGAAUCACGGACAGGGCUACACUAUGUGACGACAUCCGGCAUUGACACGGACAGACUGGACAAUCAGUGUUUGAGUGAUCACGUUGCGUUGCAGAGCUGCGCUUCGUACUGCGAUCCCAAAACAAGUUCAAAAUGGCGAGAGAAUGUCAGGCAAAGUGCUCAGUUUGCUCAGCUGCCCAAAGCUAAAUUCAGCAGGCCUUUAAACCCUCCUUCCUAUGAACUGUAUCAGCAAAUUAGGAGGAGUUCAGAAAUGAUACCUGGUCUCCAUGUGCAUGGGGAAAAUGAAGGACAAGGCAUUGAUUUUGCCCGUGACCAAGACCACAAUAGUUGUCCCAACUUGGACCCUCCUGUCUAUGUGCCUCCCUCAUCCUAUAAAGCCCAGCCUCAACAACAUGUUGGUCGCAAAUGCUUUGUCCAAGUGCCUAGUUGUCACAAGGCCGCAGGUCAAUGCUCCCAAUCAACAAGGACUGGUGUCGACCAGCCACACUGGUGCUGUUCCCAAACCGGGAAGAUCGAUCAAGCUGAUCACAUGCAGGUCUUUGAUGAGAACGACGCAAAGCGACAGUUGCCACAAGCCAAAAAUGCAACCGAUGAACUAGGCAACGGUGCCCAUCACAGUCUGGGAAGCCACAGUGCGCCACACAAUGGAUACUCAGAUCACCACAACGCUUUUGUCAAGUACAUACCAUUUACUGAUCCUCGCAUCAGGCACAUAACCAUCGUGCCGUCUGAGAAGCAAUUUGAUGAGGCAGAUUACAAGCAAGACCAAUGGCCUGCUGCAGACCGAGAUACUGAUGGGAAUAAGGUCCAUGGACCAUCACAGCACUGUAGUGCCUUUCUCUGUUCCAUCAGGGUCCCAUUACUCCAGUCCGGCAGGCCCCAGGCCGGCAGUCGAUCCACCAACGCCCGACAACAGUUGGUCGUUGCCGCCCAGGCCAGAGAACCAGAACCCGGCAAAGUCCGAUCAUGGUUGUCACACACACGCGGGCGACUGGCCCGAUGCCCCGUCCGGGCACGGCUACCACCGCAAAGAAGCCAAGGCACUGCCGAGACGGUGACCCAGGUGAAGAAAUGGGCGCCGGAUUCCCGGUGUUUCGAAGGGCACGGAAAGAAGCAGCCGAGAAGAAGGAUGACGGAGACCAUCUUUUGCCUGGUCAGUGUCCCGCUCAAGAUGCCGGAGGAGGAAGGAGCGAGCAAUGGCAACGGCAAUGCCGCGGCGCUCAUCGGUGGCGGCGGCGGCGGCGGCAGCACGGGAAACCUAACCGAUCAAAGCUUUCUGAGCAUGUCCUCUUCUGACCUGGAGUUGCAAGCAUUGACGGGGUACAUGGCGCCAGAUAAUGGACUGAAGAGGCCGGAGCACUGGGGUGAAGUGAGCAGCAAACGCGAGGUUGCCUCCAGCUUCAAGCGGCACCGAGAGCUGAGGGCCUCUGGGUCUUGGCCAGGUGACCAGUACAAAGAUCAGGAAACGCAAACAAGUUUCGGUAAAGGCACCCGUGCUGUUCAAUUGUUUGCCAGCGCCUUGAAGAAAGAGGGAACAUGCAAGCAGAACCACUCAGAGUCUGAAGCCAGCACUUUCAACCAUGGGAAUAGAAGAGGCUCGGAAGCUACUGUGGCUGGUGACCAGAAAUGGAAGCUGAGUAGCCACUCGAUGAAUGGGCAGACAAGCUUACACCCAUCCAGUAACAGUGCCUUCACCAGGGCCGCCCCUACCCAAUACCAGGUGGGCAAACCACCCAAAAGCCAGCCAGAAGGAGCUCCAAUGAGCCCCUGUGAGAAAGGCAGAGAUGUAAAAGUGGAAAAGGAUCGAGGCUGUCCACAGACCUCGUCCAGCCCUGCCGUCGGUUCCACAGGCUUCGGCCAGUUUCUCCUGAAGCCCGUAGACCGGCGUCCCUGGGAUGCCAUCAGCGAGCUGGAAAAUUUCAACAAGGAAAUUCAGGAUCACGAAGACCGCAACACUCAGAUGCAGCGGGAUGACGGUGAAGACGGUGAAGAACUCUUUGCAUCGCAGUUGAUCAGCUCGGACGAGGUCUUUCUGAGCACUCAAAUGCCUUUGCCUCGGAAUUCCGAGCUGUGCGUGCCUGAAAAGCCAUUGACCAACAUGGCUGCACCAGAAGAGAUGCUGGAGGAAUGCUGCCCAGAUUACAGCAACAUCACCCCUGAGGUCCAUAAAGCGCACUCUGUAUCUGCCGUCCACAAUAAGCUCAGAAACCACUUGAGCUACCCGCUCCGUAAAGCUGCCAGCAAAGGGACAGCAAAUGCCAGGAGAAGCACAAUUUUAAAUAUAUUCUCAACGAAAAGUGCACAAUUCACGAAAUUGUACAAUGAAACAAAUGCCGAGGACACCGACAGCAAAAGCCAAUGCACAAAGAUGAAUGGACUUGGUGUACCCACAUAUCAGCUCAGUGAAAGGAAAGGAGGGGAGGUAAUGGACAAAAACAUAUUGGUCAGAGAUAAUGCAGCAGGUAAAACAAUUCUGCCUGCCCCAGAAACUCGAAGCAAUGGCAUCAUUAGAAAAAUGUUCUUUCAAUUUGACAGUGAUGAGAUUUCCUUGGAACCUGACCUGAGCUCUUUAAGUUCUUGGAAAAGCACAAAGCCGAUUAUCGAUGAGACGAAUGACCUCUUAAAACAGAGGCCGGUGAGAGGAAUCUCCAAAACGGAGUCAUUCGAAGAAAGAGCUGCCAGGAUUUUAGGCAUCGACGUCGCAGUGGAGGCCUUGAUUUCUCCAGUGAGGAAGGAACAGGGUCGGGAUGUUGAAGAAUUUGAGGGAAAUUCUCCCUGUGUAGAGGAGCUGAGCCACACCUGUGAUCCUGCUAUGACAAACUGUAAAUGCACUUCAGGAGAAGUACUGGAGGAUGAUGUUGGAAUGGGUGUGGAAACUAACAAUCAGUUGGAAUGGAGAGACAGCCCAGUCUAUGGAAUAUGGUUACCAAAUGGAAAUAGUGUGCUCCAGGAUAAUUUACCAGGGCACAUCAUUGAAAAUGACAAAGGAUUACAGUCGGGGAAGAGGGCCCUCAUCAAUGAAGUUUUUCAUGAGCCUUUCAGUGAGUUUUAUAACUGGGCUGACAGGAAUUGCCACUUUGGCACAGAAUGCAAAAACACCCCUCUCGCAGGUGAGGAUAGGAAAGGCCGAAACACUUCAGGAAGGAUUGAAGCCUUGCAGGGUAGGCUUGCAGCACCUCAAAGGCACGCAGCUCCUGAUCGCUUGGCCCGAAUGAAAGAGGUGGACUCGGUUUCCCGCAUCAGGCGUCUCAGCAUCAAAAGCACAGAUCCUGCUGAUGAGCUUGAUGAGGCUAAAUGCAACCCAGAGCAAGGGGAUAAGGAAGAGCCUUGUACCUCAGUGCGAAAGAAAGAUACGUGUGCAACAAAGAAAAGAGUCCUAUCGCGAGGAGAGGAUUCAGAAUCUUUUGUGUCUUCAAUCGUAGUCAAUACUGGGAGCAAAGAGGCUGGAGAUGCUUACGAUCCCAGCAAAGUUGAGACUGUGUGAAAAGGGGAGCGGACGGGAGCAAUGUCAGGAAAUGUCGUGGAGUUCACACGGUGAUCCAGUUCACAAGGGCUGCCUUGCAUCAAAUGCCUUCCCCACACACACACACACACACCAUUUGUAUUAAUAAACGCAUUGAUAAGAUGCUCGAUCACUGCCAGGAAGAAAUGAAUCGGCUGCAGAAACGACUGUUGAUCAUUUCUCCAACAAGCAUCGCGGCCUUCUGUGGCUAAGGGUCCCAGCCGAGUACCUGGAACGCCUGAACACGCAGUACAAAUCCACUUGAACUCGACACGUAAUCUGCCUACUCCGAGUUCACCGAGCGAGUGGUACAGGAAGUAAUAUCAGACCACGUCAGUGCAAUAAGAGAUGAUGGACUGAAGUUGUGGCUGAGGCAGAGGGAAGGAUUCCAAAUGCGUGUUGCCUGAUCUGGAAGAACUUGGUGCCAACACUGGACAUCUGAUAUGAGGAUCGACUCUUUCCCUUAAAAGUUAAUACCACUCACCUGACGAGCAGGGCUUUGUUUUACAAAUCCAGUCUUCUGCUUUGAGGGUUCACUCCCUGGACUUUGUAUUAGCACCUCCUCCAGCCUCAUCUACUGUAUCCGCUGUUUCCAGGUGCGGGCUGCUGUAUGUCGGCAAGAGCAAGCCCAGGUUCGGCGAUCGUUUCGCUGAACGCCUCCGCUCAGCCUGCGUAAUCUCCCUGUUGCCAAACACUUGAAAUCCGCCUCCCAUUCCCACGCUGAUCUUUCUGUCCUGGGCCUCCUCCAUUCUCAGAGUGAGGCUCAGAGCAAAUUGGAGGAACAGCACCUCAUAUUUCACUUGGGCAGUUUACACCCCAGCGGUAUGACCAUUGACUUUUCUAACUUGCUUUCCCUCUCUCUCUGUUCCUCCCCCACCCUAGUUCUCCGACUAGUUUCACUGUCUUCCUGAUUAAUGAUUGCAUGUUGUCACCUCCUCCUCAGCCAACAAUGAACCAUUCUACAUUUCCUUGAGCAUCAGCUGCUUUGAUCUGUCCUUUUCACACCUUAUCCUUCCAAUUCUCACGUCUUCCCUGACCCUCAGUCUGAAGAAAGGUCUCGACCCGAAACGUCACCCAUUCUUCUCUCCAGAGAUGUUGCCUGUCCUGCUGAGUUACUCCACCAUUUUGCAUCUCUCUUUAAAUGAGCAAUAUUGCAUUCAAAAUACUGUGUUACAUUUGCUACAUCUGUUCGUGCACAGUUCUACAUGUUAAUUUUGUUUUUAAUUACGUGACACCCGUUAGCGGCUGAUGUUUCUAUGUUGGCCAUUUAGGCCAUUUAGGACAGAGAUGAGGAAAACAUUUUCACCCAGAGAGUUGUGAAUCUGCAAUUCUCUGCCUCAGAAGGCAGUGGAGGCCAAUUCUCUGGAUGCUUUCAAGAGAGAGUUAAGGGCCUGUCCCACUAACGCGACUUUUCAGCGACUGUCUUCGACCUUCAAGCUCGAGGGCACUCGCCUGAAAAACCUCGAGAUGGAUCGACCGUCAGCGAUGAAACCGCGAGCCUGAUCGACCGACCGCACACACACAAAUACACGCACGCACGCUCGCACGCACACACACACGCACACACACGCACACACACGCACACACACACACACACACACA